UGGAAAUCUUACGAGCAAGUAUAAAUUGUUUCUUUCUUCCUUUGAGCUAGGUGUUGCUGUACAGACGUAGAAUUCCUCAACGAAGAGAUGGUAGAAGGAGGCACAACGUUGGAAUACACUCCUACAUGGGUGGUGGCACUUGUAUGCACUGUGAUUGUGCUCAUUUCUCUAACCGUUGAAAGGAUCAUUCACUAUGCGGGCAAGUACCUCAAGAAAAACAACCAAAAGCCUCUCUUUGAGGCCUUGCAGAAGAUCAAAGAAGAGUUGAUGCUGCUGGGGUUUAUAUCACUGCUUCUCACGGUGUUCCAAAACCCUAUAGCUAAAAUCUGCAUCACCAAAGAGGAGGCCAGUAAGUGGCUACCUUGUAAGAAAGACGAUGAGGCUGAUACCAAAACUAGUGCCCAUUUCCAGUCCUUCUUCACCUAUUCCCUUAUACCUGGGACUUCCCCCCGCCUCCUUGCCGAGUCCUCUGGUUCAAGUUCAACUUCCUCCUGCAUAGAGGGAAAGGUUCCACUGUUAUCCACCACUGCACUGCACCAUCUUCAUAUCUUUAUCUUUGUGCUAGCCGUGGUGCAUGUCACUUUCUGCGUUCUAACAAUUCUAUUUGGCGGAGCCAAGAUACGUCAAUGGAAGCAAUGGGAGGAUUUUUUUUCAAAAAAGGAGUACAAUCCAGAAGAGGUACUGAAAACGAAGUUCACCCAUGUCCAAGAUCAUGAUUUUAUCAGGGGUCGCUUUCUGGGUAUUGGAAAGAAUACAGCUUUUCUAGGAUGGUUGCAUUCAUUUCUCAAGCAACUCUAUGCAUCUGUGACCAAAACAGAUUAUAUAACACUACGGCUUGGCUUCAUAAUGUCCCAUUGCAGGGGAAAUCCAAAAUUUAAUUUCUACAAGUACAUGAUACGUGCUCUUGAAGCAGAUUUUAAGAAAGUUGUUGGAAUAAGUUGGUAUCUAUGGGUGUUCGUGAUUUUUUUCUUGUUCCUGAAUGUCGCAGGUUGGCAUGCAUAUUUUUGGAUAGCCUUCAUACCCUUCAUUCUUCUGCUUGCUGUGGGGACAAAGUUAGAACAUGUAAUCACCCAAUUGGCCAAUGAGGUGGCUGAGAAGCAUAUUGCAAUUGAAGGGGACUUGGUAGUUCAGCCUUCAGAUGAUCACUUUUGGUUCCACAGGCCCAAACUUGUUCUUGUACUGAUUCAUAUCAUCCUGUUUCAAAAUUCCUUUGAGCUAGCAUUUUUCUUCUGGAUAUGGGUUCAAUAUGGUUUUGACUCCUGCAUAAUGGGAGAUGUUGGUUAUAUUAUUCCAAGACUCGUAAUUGGGGCUUAUGUUCAGUUCCUCUGUAGUUAUAGUACAUUGCCACUCUAUGCUAUUGUCACACAGAUGGGAACUUCAUUCAAGAAAGCUAUAUUUGAAGAACAUAUACAAGAAGGUCUUGUUGGUUGGGCUCAACAGGCGAAGAAGAGGACGGGUUUGAGAAAGUCUUCUGAUAGCUCUACCCAAGUCCAAGUGGCUCCCAAAGAGAGCGAAUCUUCCGCUACAAUUCAAUUGGCAAAUGCGGGCCAAAAGGUCUCUUCAGUAGAAGAGAUCCAUGCAGGAGAAAUUGAGCCUGUCAUUCAUCAAAACGAAAACUUUUCUGGGCACGCUUAAAAUCUGUUGCACCUUGCCAAGUUUCAAUGAGUCCAUGCAAUACUCAUUUCUUCUACCAGCGUUGUUAUUGCAUAAUUUUGUACCAAUACAAGACAAUGGGAGAAUCUUUAAGCUUUCCAAAGCAUAAGCAUAUAAUUAUUUGCAAAAACA